GCCAAUGGGGUCCGCAAUCUACUUCGACGGCCAAGUGGCUGAAACCUGGUACGCCGCCCCCUGAUGUGGUGACCAGCUAUGUACUGGGACCCGACUUUAGCCUUAAGGAUUUGCGCUGUCACAAAAACAGAGCAAAGCCAUUCUUUGACAUGACCCGUGCUGACUCUCCAUCUUCAGUGUUUGCCCUUGAAGAUAAUUUUGGCUUUGUGCUCACGUUGGCCGUGACCUAUGCUCCGGAUGGGUGUUUCCCACCACAUUCUCACUUCAAGGAAGUCUUUGUGGAUAUGGCCGACACCUAUGGCAUCUUCCCUGAGCGCACUAUGCGCAGAGUUGUGAAGGAUAUCACAAUUGACUGGGCACACUACACUGGUGGUCAAGCCAGGGCUAUGGGAAUCCAUGCCUUGAAUCUUGCUGGGAGGUCAGAAAAAGUCGCACUGCUGAAGAAGGCAAUCCACAUGGCUCUUGUGGAAGGUGCUGCACCUCAUGAAGCAGGGCGGGACCCUGUGGACUUGGCGAAGCAACGGUUUGAGAAAGUACUCCGGCAGGAUAUGGCCAAGGGGAACAACUUGGAGAAGCCAGAAGCCAUCGAAGUGACCAAGGCUGAACCUGAUGCGGGGGACAAGAAGGACACGCAAGCCAUUCCCAACCUUCCGAAGGCCCAACCGAAUGUGGAGAACAAGAAGAAGGAGCUGGCAACUCCAAGUCUUCCCGAGGCAGGUGAUACCCUGAUUCGAUGCUCCAAGGCCCCGGAUGUCACUGCCGACAAGGUGGAUGGGUGCUUGGGCAAUCGCCAGGAGAAACAUCCACUUCUGCCUUCCCCCAUUGUGACCACACCGGGUCUUCCGGACCAAGCUGCGGUACUGACCGAGAAGCUUGCUGCUGUGAAAGAUGGGGGUGACCUGCUUGCGGCGCAGAACAAGGUGAUGAAAGCUGUGCUCCGUGGAUCUAAGAGGCCAUCGGAAGAGGGUCAGGCAGAACCGCAGGAGAAUGAAAAUGGGGAACCUCUCAAAGUGAAGAAACCCAGGGGGGCAGCGAAAGCUGCAGCAGCCAAGGCAGCAGGCAAACCAGCAACAGCGGUGAAAGCUGCAGCCAAGAAGAGAAACAAACCCACAGGCCAUGGAGAGGCUAGUGCAGCUAGUCCUGCAGACCAUGGAGAGGUUAGUGCAGCUAGUCCUAGUGAUGCUAAGCCCGAUGAGGAUGGAGGGGGUGAUGAUGGCACCAAACCGUUGACGGUGAAAGAACAGUGGGAUUUGAAGGAGCCCAAGCUGAAGGCUGUGGGCAUCCCCAUUCCGGAUUCGGCGGGUUCAAAGCAGUGGGCAGUUGAUCAGCUGUAUGUGAAUGCGGCCAAGGGCAAGCUCAGCCCUGGCAUCAAACAUAAUGCCAAAGGCAAUGGUAUGAUCUCAAGCAUCGAGGCCCUGAGAAUGAUUUCACUUCAACUACAGGAUUUCUUGUUGCUGUUCGAGAUUGCCUCCGGCUUCGGCCGGGUGGCCUUUUGUGGGGUGGGAUACCCUGUGCCUCGCCAGGCCUUUGUCCACCUGGGAAACAUCUGCGCAGCAAGGUUUGCGAUGUUGGCAGCCUUAGCGCUGUCGGUUGGUGCCCACUUCUGCGUCUUGGAUUGCCAAUUUAUCCCGACAACUGGUCAGGAGGCCCUGCGCUUUCCAAAUCAGCUGCAUACCCACGAUGCUUCGCGGACUGGGCAUGUGAUGGAUCAGUACCACAUUGUGAAGCUCCUGCAGACUAUCGCUCUGAAGCGGGUUUUCAAACUUGACCUGGCCAUGCCUGUGCCACCUGAUACCUCGCCAGAGGUGAAUGAGGUCAUUGAAGAUUCGCCAGUGGUGGAGUUGGACCUGAUGCUAACCUCUGACGCAUAUCCCUAUAGGGAGGAACAUGGACCUGUUGAUGACAUCUCUCGGCUGCCCACGUUGGAACUCUCUCCUUCUGUCAAUGCUGAUUUGGAUGGAUCACCACUGGAGCCUACACCUGAGCCUGGACCCGUGGAACCCCCAGUGGCCAGAGCCACACCUGUGGUGCAUGUGGAGCAACCGGUCCUACCACCGACAACUGUGGUGACUCCUGGUCCGUUUGUGGAUGUUAGUGCAGGGGGUGACAUACCAAUAGCCACACCCUCAAGAGAAGUGAUGAAACAAUAUUGGUCGAAGUUCAAGAAAGCAAAGGAUGAGACCAUGAAAUCACAUGUGACCCCAAAUGCCGCAAUGGCUAGUGUGGUAGCACCUGGGUCUGCACCUGCUAUGGUCACACAACCCCAUGACGUGGUGGUUGCAUCGCCUGCCACUGCCAGACCUGUGGAACCUGCUGUGGUCAUACCACCCCAUGACAUGGUGGUUGCAUCGCCUGCCACUGAAAGGCCUGUGCACCCUGCUGUGGUCACACCUUCCCGUGAGGUGCCUGCACCUGAUGUUGUCAUGUCACCGCCUGACCUGGUGGUUGCAUCGCCUGCCACUUCCAGACCUGUGGAACCUGCUGUGGUCACACAACCCCAUGACAUGGUGGUUGCAUCGCCUGCCACUGCCAGACCUGUGGAACCUGCUGUGGUCACACAACCCCAUGACAUGGUGGUUGCAUCGCCUGCCACUGCCAGACCUGUGGAACCUGCUGUGGUCACACUACCCCAUGACAUGGUGGUUGCAUCGCCUGCCACUGCCAGACCUGUGGAACCUGCUGUGGUCACACAACCCCAUGACAUGGUGGUUGCAUCGCCUGCCACUGCCAGACCUGUGGAACCUGCUGUGGUCACACAACCCCAUGACGUGGUGGUUGCAUCGCCUGCCACUGCCAGACCUGUGGAACCUGCUGUGGUCACACUACCCCAUGACAUGGUGGUUGCAUCGCCUGCUACUGCCAGACCUGUGGAACCUGCUGUGGUCACACAACCCCAUGAUGUGGUGGUUGCAUCGCCUGCCACUGCCAGACCUGUGGAACCUGCUGUGGUCACACCUUCCCCUGAGGUGCCUGCACCUGAUGUUGUCAUGUCACCGACUGACAUGGUGGCUGCACCACCUGCCACACCUCUAGUGGUGACUCCUUCCACACCUGCUACACCUGUGGAACAUCAUGUGGCCCGUGAGAGUACUGCAGCAAUCAAAGCUGCCUUGACCCGUGCGACCACCGUCGACCUGACUGGCCAAGUUGCUCCAGCAAAUGCUGACGCGCAAGCUGAUGCUGCUGCAGUGAAAGCGGCAGAAGUGAUGUCCUCAGGGUGUGGAAACAAGUUCGAAUGGGACAAGCUCUAUGAUAUGUUUCUGGAGUGCAAGGGUGACUGGCUGAAGUCCACCCUGGUGUUGGAGUCCCUGAACACCCAUGCUCACGAGCGGGCUGGUAAGUGGAAGACUUUUUCCAAGAAGGACUUGAUGGAGAAGUACGGGGACGAGAUUGCAGUACUGGACCUCAUUGCCAGAAAAACCGCUGACAAUAUGUACGAGUCAGAUUUGAAUUUCCCAGACAAGGAAAUGCGCACAUAUUGGUGCUGGGAUCACAACGAAGAGGUUGACAAGAAUACCCGAAGCAAUACUGUUGGCACCCGUUCGGCUGGUGAUCUUGACACCCGCACUGCAGGUCAAAGCCCCUUGGAGUGGCAGGACCGACUGGACAUUUGCGAACGGGUGGGGCUGGGGGUGCUGGAAUGGCCAACUUCUAUGGUGGAUGCUUUGGUCCAGGACAUGGAUAAGUAUCUCUCACCCAUUGAGUCUGGACGUGGAGUGUUGGAGGGGUUCAUUGCUACUGGAUCCACAGAUGAUGACAAGAUUCGACUUGAAACCCAGAAACUGAAUAAUACCAUUUUGGAUUACCAGAAGGCCGCUGCACAUGCCAAGCGUCAUACGACCAAACCGAAGGCAAAGUCUUCGGGUGGCAGGAACAAGCCUGCAGUGGAAGCCGCGGUGCAAAGUCAGAUCUGCUGCAGUCUUCCGAAGACGUUUCCUUUGCGGACCAUCUCCUUGGAAGUCUUGGAAGGGGAGCCCAGAGUGUUCUGGGCAUACAAGAAUCUGCGGCUGCCAUGGUCCAGGAAUGCAAAGGAACCUUAUAACGUGGAGAUUCGCAUCAAGGAUAGGCGGCAUUCAGUGGACGCUUUCCGCACAAUGAUGCCUGGGGCCAGCCGUUGGGUGGCAAUCGUGUAUUAUGACAUCGCCGCAUUCCCACAGAUCCCACGACUGAACAUGGUCCAAUUCUUCAGUGAUGCUCUGUUUUGUAACACCUACAAGGCGCUCAACACCCACCACUUCAGGGAAGGACUGACGCUUGAGAUCAGGAUGUGCAUGCGCUGGAUGCUGCGAAUCGCCCACCCACAUGUUG